AUUCUCCAACCAAAGGAGCCCCAGUAGUGUUUCUUUUAGUAAUAUAGCAUCCCGUCUUCCGCGCCACAAACUGGCAUGUCUUCUUCAAUUCUCUUUCACACACUCGAAAUAGAGACAGAAUGGUUUCGAUUUGACCCAAUAAAUUAAAUGCUACCAUUGAAAAAUCUGGUAAACCUUUUUUUUGUCCUGUGUCAAGAACUGGAAUUUAAUUUUUUCUGCAAUAAUGUAAGUAGUGAUUAUGAAAAUCUGCAAAAUUAAAUUGAACUAGAAGGGUCUUGAUCUGUGUGUGGAGGGGUGAAAUCUUGAUUUUUUUUGUGGGUUUUAUCUGUGAAUGAAAUCUGGUGUAGAAAGAUGGACCAAACAAUUGAAAGGUCUUCAAAUGCACAUAGGGGUUUUCGAGUUCAACCUCCACUGGUUGAUUCUGUAUCAUGCUAUUGCAAUGUUGAUUCGGGCUUAAAGACAGUUGCUGGGGCAAGAAAAUUUGUCCCAGGAUCAAAACUUUGUAUCCAGUCAGACAUCAGUUCUCAUGCACACAAAAGUAAAAACUCUCGAAGGGAGAGGUCAAGAGUGCAGCCACCUCUUCUGCCUAGCCUACCUGAUGAUCUUGCAAUUGCUUGUCUAGUUCGUGUUCCUCGUGUUGAACUUAGCAAGCUCCGUCUAGUUUGCAAAAGGUGGUAUAGGCUUCUUGCUGGUAACUUCUUUUACUCUCAAAGGAAGAGUCUUGGAAUGGCUGAAGAGUGGGUAUAUGUGGUUAAAAGAGAUCGUGAUGGACGGAUUACAUGGCAUGCAUUUGACCCAACUUACCAACUUUGGCAGCCACUUCCACCUGUUCCAGGGGAUUAUGGCGAAGCCCUUGGAUUUGGUUGUGCUGUUCUUAGUGGUUGCCAUCUUUAUUUGUUUGGAGGGAAAGAUCCAAUCAAGGGGUCUAUGCGAAGGGUAAUCUUUUAUAAUGCUCGAACAAAUAGAUGGCACAGGGCACCAGACAUGCUCCGCAAACGCCAUUUCUUCGGCUCUUGCGUAAUUAAUAAUUGUCUUUAUGUUGCUGGUGGAGAAUGUGAAGGAAUACAGAGGACUCUUCGCUCAGCUGAAGUUUAUGACCCAAACAGGAAGCGCUGGAGUUUUAUUGCUGAUAUGAGCACAGCCAUGGUACCUUUUAUCGGGGUAGUGUAUGAUGGGAAGUGGUUUAUAAAAGGUUUGGGAUCCCACAGAGAAGUUCUCAGUGAAUCUUAUAGCCCUGAUACAAAUGCAUGGAGCCCAGUUAACAACAGGAUGGUUGCUGGUUGGCGCAACCCAAGCAUCUCCAUGAAUGGUCGUCUAUAUGCUUUGGAUUGUCGUGAUGGGUGCAAACUUAGAGUAUAUGAUGAAUCUACUCAGUCAUGGAUCAGAUUUAUUGAUAGUAAGCUCCACCUUGGAAGUUCUCGUGCUUUGGAAGCAGCUGCUCUGGUUCCCCUUAAUGGUAAACUUUGUAUAAUUCGGAACAACAUGAGCAUCAGCAUCAUUGAUGUGUCAAGUCCUGAUAAGCGAGUGGAAACUAACCCACGUCUUUGGGAAAACAUUGCUGGUAAAGGUCACUUCAGAACUAUGUUCACAAAUUUAUGGUCAAGUAUCUCAGGACGAGCAGGUUUGAAGAGUCAUAUUGUGCACUGUCAGGUUUUACAAGUUUGAGCAUUGGAAGUCUUAGCCACUCUUGAUGAGAACUGAGAGCUGCUUCAACUUUCUGUUUCAAGAACAAAGUUUUCUUGAGUUGCAGUUCCAAUCAUCAGCAUGCUCCUGCUUUGGUUAUGAGGCAAAUAAUUCCAUCGUUCUUUUAGACUUCCAAAUGACCUUCGGCAGCCUCAGCAGUUAUUUCUUGCCUUGAAGUGUAUGUAGAUGGAUGUCUCCUGGAAUUGUUUGGAUUUGUCUCGAAGAGAAGCUAGGUAGUUUCAUACUUAACAAUUUAUCAAUUGGCAGAAAAAUUUUCAAAUCCAGAGCUACCUUGCUGAUGAUUUUGGCAGUAAAAUUGGGGGCUAUUUAUAAAAUUCACAAGGAGAUCAGAUAGCUAUAUUUUUGUACAUUCUUUUGGCCUUUAGUCUUGUACCAGUAGCUUUAAGUCUUAGAUACUCUUUUGUGCAUAUAAUGACAUGGAGAUAUAGCUGGAAUCUUCAUUUCCUACCUUCUCCCCCCAUACUUGAUUUCAAGAUUUGUGUUUUAUAAGAUGGGGGCAAGUUGCAUUGAAUCAUCAAAAUGUGGUUACGCGCCCAUUGAGAACUUGUCGACAGACAAAGUUAUCCGAUCUUUGUUGAUGGGAGGUAAUAUAAGUACCUAGUGGACAAUCAGGUUUCUUACUACUUGACUCAGACACCACUAUUAUUGGAAGUUAUGUGGCGUCUCAAUAUUGAUGUUCUGUUGUAUUUGCAUAUCAA